AUGACUAUUCAAUUAACACAACUUGAAGUAAACCAUUUUUACCCAAUUUUGCGUGAACUUCAAACACGGGAAGACAUUUACACAUUUCUUCAAAUUAACAAGAAGUGCCUUUCUUCACUUGAGGAUAUGCCGUACUACCCACAAUUUAUGGAUUUUGAUUCAAUAUUUUGGAUGUCCAUACAUUUCCACCCAAACAUUUUCAAUUCAGUUUAUUUCAACUUAAAUUCUCCAGAGAACUUUAAAUCAAUAAACGCAAAAUAUUACAACGACGUUUUAUUUUCCGAAGCACUUCAAAUUAAUGAAUUGACACAAGACUUUGCCGAGACAUAUUUUCCAAGAGUUUUAAACCUCUAUUUAACUCAUUUAAUUGAGCCACAAAACGAGUUUGAAAGAAGAGACGCUGUUCUCAAAUAUGUUAUUAAAAACGCUGACAAAUUUACAUCAUUAGAGAAGGUAACUGGGGAGUUGGAGUAUAUUGUGAGUUUCCUGACAAAUUACACCAACAGCAUGAAAGAGAAAAAUCUCAAAUUUCCGACAUACAUUCAAACAAAUUGUUUCAAAAAGACAUCUCUCAAAAUAACUUCUGAGUCCGUUGAAUUGCUUUGGCAAUUAGAAAAUAUGAUACCUGAAAAUACCAAUGUCAAAGUCUCUGUCGCAGUGAAUAAUCAAGAAGAAGACGACGAGGAACUUAUUAAAGACUUUGUCAAGAUCAAAUUCUGUUUUCGAAUAAUUUUGCAGAAGUACUUCAAUGAAGAAAAAAAUUUAUAUGCACUUGAGGAUGGCAAUUUAACUGUCGACGGUGAAAUAGAAGGCGAUUUUUUGAACAAUUUGUUAAACAAAAUGUAUGCCAGUUGUGUUGAAUAUAGAUAUACAACUUCUUUGGGUUCAAUUGAAAAAGUUUGGAGUGUUCCAGACUGUGUUUUAAAAUUCAAAUUGUUUAAUAUAGAAAGUCCGAGAGAUCAACCUUUUAACAUCAAAAUGGAAUACGUCAAAAUUUUGGAAAUGGAGAAUUGUUCGUGGUUUGACUUCGUUUUUCCAUUUCACUCACUUUUAGAGUUGACAAUGAAUGGAUGUGAAAAUAUUACUUUUACUGAUCAAGUCACUUUCACCGCGUUAAAGACCAUUUCGAUGAACAAAUGCAAAUACAUCAAUUUUUUGGGAGAAGCUCCGUUGCUCGAAACUUUUAGUAUGAGAGACGUCUUUGAUACAAUUUUUUUCAAAGAAAGGAACUUUGAGAAAUUGACGGACUUUACAAUUAUUGGGGGAAGAUGCACUGAAUUUCCUAACAUAGAAAUUACUGGUAAAUCAGUGUAUAUUAACAGUACUGGCAAUUUUUACAGAUUAAAAAAAGUAUUGUCGUUUGAAGGUAAAAUUCUCAAUGAAUGUCCUUUCCAACUAAAAUCGGAUAUAUUGGAAUAUCCAACUUUUGAAAACGAAAAGGGAAUUUUUAAGAUGAUGAGAUUCAUUUCUAAUUCGUUUGCACUUGAAAUUGUCGAUGGAAUUUUAAUGAGAAAACCAGACGCAUCAUCACUCAAUUUUUGUGAAAAAAAGAGACUAAUCAACACCAUUUUUAGUCAGCACUUUUAUUCAAAAAGCGAAAAAGAUUUGAAGUUUGUUAUAACUACACAAAAUGGAAUUUUGAAAAAGAAGGGACUAAGAUAUUUCGAGAUCGAAGUCACUGGGAGGAGUGAUGUGUGUAUCGGAUGUUUUGAUGAAGAUAAUUAUACCAAUUUUAAUAUGCAUCUUGGAUGGGAGUGUUAUAGUAUUGGAUAUAACGGACUUGAUGGUUGUGUAUAUGUUGGUAAAUAUCAAGACUCUCCCGACAUGAUAAUUCUUGGGAAACAAUAUGGAACAAUUGUGGAUGGAAUUUCUGUUGUUGGUUGUGGAUAUAAUGCAAAGACAAAAGAAGUGUUUUUUACUAGGGAUGGAGAACUCAUCUUAAAACAAACGGUAAACUGGGAUACAAUUUCAGCAGGAGUAUCUGUGUCCAAUUUCAAUGAUAUUAAAAUUAAUUGUGGAGAAAGUAACUUUAGGUACAUGCCAAAAAAGUCCGAUCUUUGUUGUCUUGUUUGA